AUGAACUUCUGGAGUCUCAACAAAACAGAACGACUAAGAAGGCUAGACUCGUACACCAAAUUUAUGGUCACGAGAGAUCCAUUUGAAAGACUUUUAUCUGCAUUUAGGAACAAAAUCGAAACAUUUCGCGAAAAUGAUUUCUUCGGAGACGUUUCAAAUAAAAUUCAUCGGAUAUACAACCGUACAUCAGAACAAUCGAGUUCAACUCCUGCCACUUUCGAAGAAUUUUUGCGGCAUGUUAUCGACAAGGACCCGACCUUUCCGCCGAUUCCGAAAAACGAGCAUUGGGAGAAUUACUGGUCAAUAUGCUACCCUUGCGACAUUGAUUACGACUAUAUUUUGAAACUUGAGACGAUUGAAGAAGAUUCCGCAUGGCUUUUCAAAAGUCUGGGCCUUGAAACUAUCUCCUAUCCGACUGGAAACUCAAAACCGUCAAAUCACGAUUUAUUGGAACAAUACCUCAAAAGCGUUGAUAAGCACCUUCCAAAGUCCGUCUAUAAACACCUGCAAAUGGAUUAUGAAAUAUUCGGAUAUGAUAUUCCAAGAUUCAUACGAGAUCUUUUCUGA